GGUGUGCUUUGCCAGAACUACCUACUCUGGGCUGAUUUACUCCGCUUCCGGGUGCUGAAGCUGUCUGAGCUGGAGGAGGAGGAGGAUUGAAUCCUGUUCGUUCAGAUCCAGGGCCGGGGAGAUCAUUUUAUUCAGCCCAAACUUCAGGUGGAGAGAAGCAGAAACAGCAAUAGAUAUGUCUGAGAACACAAGUGAUACUACACCUAAUGAUGCAACUUUACCUGCUUCUGAAGAGGGUUAUUCUGACCCCGAGGAGCUCACAAUGGCUCAAGACUUCCCAAGAGGCACGGCAGCUGAAAUCCCUGUUACCAGCAAUGGAGAGAUUGAUGAUCAAGUAGAACACAGCUACAACUUGGAUCUCAACCGAUCAAUACCAGCGGGACUAGGCCUUUCCCAGACACAGAUCACUGCACAUGGCUUUGAUAGCUGUAAAGAAGGAAUUAUUGAAGCUGGUCCCUUUCAAGGUUCCCUCUCCACACCCAGGUCUCCUGUAAUCUCUCCUAGCAGUACAGCAGCUAGCAGACUGGCUGGACAAGAAGGAGAUGUAAAUGAUCCAUCAGCAGAUAGACAGAUUACUCAACAGAAAAGUGGUCCAGUUGUCCUCUCAGAAGAACCAAGAAGCACUGCCAUUGAAAAAUUUGAACUAGUAAGAAGGUGGAGUUUAAAUACAUACAAGUGUACCCGCCAGAUCCUCUCUGAAAAGCUAGGUCGAGGCUCCAGGACGGUUGAUUUGGAAUUGGAAGCACAGAUAGAAGUACUUCGUGACAACAAAAAGAAGUAUGAAAAUGUACUGAAGCUGGCACAGACUCUUUCCGCUCAACUUUAUCAGAUGGUGCAAACCCAGAGGCAAAUGGGUGAUGCGUUUGCGGACCUCAGUUUAAAAUCUUUAGAGCUACACGAGGAAUUUGGAUACAAUGCAGAAACACAAAAACUUAUUGCAAAGAAUGGGGAAACUCUUCUAGGAGCCAUCAACUUUUUCAUCUCUGGUGUAAACACAUUAGUAAAUAAGACAAUUGAAGAUACUCUUGUUACUGUAAAGCAGUAUGAAACAGCCAGGAUCGAGUAUGACGCUUAUCGCACAGACUUGGAGGAGCUUAACCUAGGACCCCGUGAUACCACUACCAUGCCAAAGAUCGAGCAGUCACAGCAGCUUUUCCAAGCACACAAGGAGAAGUAUGACAAAAUGCGAAGUGACGUUUCCAUCAAACUAAAAUUUCUAGAAGAGAACAAGGUAAAAGUGCUACACAAUCAGCUUGUCUUGUUUCACAACGCAAUUUCAGCUUACUUUGCCGGGAACCAAAAGCAGCUUGAACAGACCCUUAAAAUGUUCCAUGUCAAAUUGAAAACCCCAGGAGUGGAUGCCCCAUCUUGGCUGGAAGAACAGUAGUAGAACUUCAAAGCAAGAUAGAAUUGUCUAAUCCAGGCCGAUUAAGUCUAUUUUGAGCUGGAGAUAAGAGUAAACAACCAUCUUUUUGAUUUAUACACAGACAGCUUUCAUUUUCAUAUUAUAAUACUUUAACAAUCAUUCUUAAUGGCAAAUGAUGCUUUGAUUGUAUUCCAUUGUGUCCAUCUAAAUUCUGUAAUUAAUUAGGCCAACACUUGUGUGGGAAUUUGGGUUUUUUUUGGUUAUAUUUUUUUCUUUCCAUAUGGGAACAGUUGAUUUCUUUUGUUAAAACGAAUAUACCUUAAUAUUGUACUUUUGCACUGAGAACCAAAAUAAAUAUGGGAAUUGGCUUGUA